UCUUGCGCUUGAAGGCAGGAGAGAUCUUGUCAUAACUUGUAAGGAAUUUAUAGGCAGAGGCGGCAGCAGCAAAAGAAAUGGCAACCACAGUGAUGAGUUCGUUGAGCCUUAAGCCCGCUGUUUUCACAGCUGAGAAAUCAGCAGUUAGAGGCCUCCCUUCACUUGCAAGAACCUCAGCUUUCCGAGUGCAAGCCAAAGGCAGGAAGAUCAAGACCGACACACCUUAUGGAAUUAGCGGAGGUAUGACUUUGAGGGAUGGACUCGAUGCUUCUGGCAGGAAAGGAAAGGGAAAGGGCGUUUACCAAUUUGUUGACAAGUAUGGUGCUAAUGUUGACGGAUACAGUCCAAUCUACGACACGAAGGACUGGUCUCCAAGCGGUGACGUCUAUGUUGGCGGUAGCACUGGCCUGGCAAUCUGGGCAGUUACCCUGGCUGGCAUUCUGGCAGGAGGUGCUCUGCUAGUUUACAACACCAGUGCUUUGGUACAGUAGACAAUUGCCCCUGUAAUCCAUGUGACAUUAUAGCUUGUAUCCAGGAAUUGUUCCCAAAAACAUGGAUCAUAUAUUUUGUGGGAUCAAAACUCGUUUUCAGCUUGUGUCAUGUUAAAUGUAAGCAUACUUUUUUUUACCAUGAUAUUUCUGAUGUGUGAUUAGCAUCUUUUCCUAAUUGGUUCAGAUGGCAUA